CGGCGGCGCGGAGACUCGUGUUCCUUUAGAGCACCAGUUUUCAGCUUCUCUGUACGUGUGUGACAGCUUCGAAAAUGUCUGCUCUGAAUAUCUUACUGCUGACUGUCGCCGUGUGUGUGCUGCUGCGUGUGGAAGCGCAGCUGGAGCCUCAGCGGAGAGCUCCGACGGUACUCCGGGACCAGUGCCUGUCCGAAGACGUCGUCGCGGAAUACGCCGCGGACAACACGGACACUCUAGCCCGCAUUGCACAGGGUAUCGUCAACAGGACAAGAGGUGUUGGCUGCUUGAAUAGCAUUUACAUGCUGGCCUAUACCGGUAGUUCGUCUCGCAAUGCCGGCAGCAACCACCCGCACGACUUUGAAGUAAAGGGUGUCGGUCAGACGCGGUAUAUCACGCUGCCCGAGCGCCCGGGAGACUACGAGCGACACCAAGGAGACAUAUGGAAACUGGACAUUAUCGAGGACCUGGGAUUUCUGCCAGGAACCUGUCUAAGGCUUUGCGGUGUUGAGUCUAUGAGACUGGCUGAGGGAGGAAAUGACGGUUGGCUGGUGGAUUCUGUGGUCACUUUUGGCUGCAUCAAUGAUGUCGGCUGUAGUUUGCUCACUAUGGACAUGGACGUGCUUCGCUGGAUCGAUGGAAACGGUGCUCCUGAUAGUCGAGAAUUUCCACUCACCCUGGCCACCCAGUCUUCAUGUGUUUAGACACAAACUGUGCAUCGUACCUAGUAAAUGCUGUUUCAAGUGUGUAAUGUUCAGAGUCAUGUUAGUCUUCUUGCCAUAUGUAGCAAGUCAGAGAAGUUCACAGGCCUGUUCAGAUCAAAAGUCCAAAAUGCACGGCUGGCUAUUUUAUUGGCAACGUGCCCAGUU